AUGGGGGUGUGUUUAUCCGGGGGCACAUCAGGAGGCUGUUUGAAGGAAGAGAUUGUGGAGGUGAUAAUCGGCAACCACGAUCAUGGAAGCGGCUUCCACAGUGGUCCUGGUGCUGUCUGCAUUAAAGAGGAAGAACCGAAAGAUGACGGCUACCUGUACUGUGAGGAGUGCAGAACCUUCUUCUACAACAAGUGUGAGGUUCACGGUCCGGCUCUCUUCAUUCCCGAUACCCCCGUUCCCAUGGGGGUGGAGGACCGAGCCAGACAGACCCUUCCACCUGGGCUGGAGGUUCGGACGUCCGAUAUCCCUGAUGCGGGUCUGGGAGUGUUUAAUAUGGGGGAGACUGUUCCUAUCGGGGCACAUUUCGGACCCUACCAGGGAGAGCCGGUGGACCGAGAGGAAGCUGUGAAGAGUGGAUACUCCUGGGUGAUUUGCAAGAGCAGCCAGUGUGAAGAGUACAUUGACGCCAAGAGAGAGACACACGCCAACUGGAUGAGGUACGUGAAUUGCGCUCGUAACGAAGAGGAGCAGAAUCUGGUCGCUUUCCAGUAUCGAGGAGGGAUUGUGUACCGGUGCUGUCGACCCGUCAGACCAGGACAGGAGCUCUUGGUGUGGUACGAUGACGAUUACGCCAAAGAUCUCAGCAUAACGUUCAGCUACCUCUGGAAUAGAAAGUGCUCAGCCAAUGAAUUAAAAGACGCCUGUCUGCAAGUGUUCUCCUGCUCCUUGUGUCCUCUUUCCUUCACAGCUGAGAUUUACCUCCACAAGCACAUCUGGAGGUGGCACCACGAGGAGUACCUGAGACUCCAGAGAUCUGGACAGAUUACACAUAAUCUGGUGCCCACGAUGCCCUCCAGUAGUCCUCGCGUGAACCUCUCUGACAGACGUGUGCAGCAAAAACUGUAUCGCUGCUCGGAGUGUGGGCGGAGUUUUACCUACCAGACUGCCCUCCAGACACACCAGCGCGUUCACACUGGAGAAAAGCCGUACCAUUGUUUACAGUGCGGGAAGAGCUUUCCUCACCAGGGCACUCUCAAACAGCACCAGCGCAUUCACACGGGCGAGAAGCCGUAUCAGUGCUCGCACUGCGGAAAGUGCUUCCGACACCAGGGCACUCUCAUCGACCACCGGCGCAUUCACACGGGAGAAAAGCCGUACACGUGCUCACAGUGCGGGAAGAAGUUUAGCAGCCAGGGCACUCUCAAACUGCACCAGCGCGUUCACACGGGAGAGAAGCCCUAUUACUGUUUGCAGUGCGGGAAGAGUUUCGCUCAGCCGAGCGCUCUCCAGCGGCACCAGCGCAUUCACACCGGAGAGAAGCCUUUUCACUGCUCGCAGUGCGGGAAGAGUUUUACUGACCAGAGUUCCAUCAGGCAGCACCAUCGCGUUCACAUGGGCGUGAAGCCGCACCAGUGCUCGCAGUGUGGAAAGAGGUUCCUUCAAAAGAGUCACCUCAAGAUACACCUGUUCGUUCACACCGGAGAGAAGCCGUACCAGUGCUCCCAGUGCGGGAAGAGGUUCACACGCCAGCCUGCUCUGCAAACACACCAGCGCAUUCACACCGGAGAGAAGCCGUAUCAGUGCUCUCAGUGUGGGAAGUUUUUCCGUCGGCAAAGGACUCUCAAGCUGCACUCGCGCAUUCACACCGGAGAGAAGUCGUACAAGUGCUCUCAGUGCGAGAAGUGUUUCUAUCGCCGUAGUAGCCUCAAGCUACACCAGCGCAUUCACGCCGAAGUGAAGCCGUACAGCUGCUCACAGUGCGGCAAGAGUUUCACCCGUCAGAGCGCGUUCCAAUCCCACCAGCGCAUUCACUCGGGUGAGAAACCCUAUCAGUGCGCCCAGUGCGGGAAGACUUUCCAUCGUGAGAGUAAUCUCCAGCGGCACCAGCGCAGCCACACCGGAGAGAAGCCGCACCAGUGCUCGCACUGCGGGAAGAGCUUUCCUAUACCCAGUUACCUAAAGAGACACCUGCGCAUUCAUACAGGAGAAAAGCCGUACCAGUGCUCACAAUGUGGUAAGAGCUUCGCUUUGCACAGCGUCCUGAAAAGACACCAGCACCUUCACACAGGAGAGAAGCCAUAUCAGUGCCCACAGUGCGGGAAAGGUUUCGCCUUACUCAACGAUCUAAAGAGACACCAGCGCGCUCACGCAGGAGAGAAGCCCUAUCGCUGCUCACAAUGCGGGCAGAGUUAUACUAAAAAGAGUUACCUCCAACGACACCAGCGCACUCACAGCCAAGAAAAAACGUAAAGCUGCUUAGUUUGAGUGUUGAGUUUAUUUAAUACUCUUAAAGUUUCCUAACAUGUAACACUAAUUUAUGGCUAGUCAAACUGUUAAUCAAUUAACACUGUUGUUUAUUAUUAGUAGUAUUAUUUAUUAAUAUUAUUACUAUUGUGUUUUACUCACAAACCCCUGCUUUCUACCCAUUAUUCUAGUAAAGUGUCAGUAUUUUUUGCUAGUAUUUUAAUUAUUCCAUAUAUGUAAACAAAUUUAAUAAGUCAGUGUAAAAGCUUUUGUCAGAAUUUUAGAAAUGAUGUAGCUGUUGCCCAAACCAGUGGUACUCAAACCUGCAUCCUAAAUUUUAAAGUGCUCUUCCAUCAUUUAAUCACUGUUAAUUGAACUAAUAAUCUAAACGGUUCAUCACUUUAUCAUAUAUGAUCCUCAGUAUAAAGGAGAACAAAAAUGUAAUAUCCAGACCCUGAUUUGAGUACCUCUGUGGUGCAGCUGGUAGAGUGGGUCCUGAAGACAUGGGAUCAAUUCCUGCCUUUGGUCACAGUCCAUGAGAAGAAUUUUUAUUUAUUUUCUCCAGCUUCUUAAACCAUAGUCUAGCAAAAAGUCUGAAGAAAAUGAAUAAGUAUUGUUUGUUACUACAGUUUAGUAGAUGGUUUUUGGUCUUGCUGGAUGUACAUGCAUGCUUUGCAAACUGAAGUAUUUUGCAGUGUCUGUGCAGUAAUGUUUUAGAAGCAUGACACCAGUUGUUAUAAAGUAUUUCUAAGCUCAGAGUCACAGUUUUUGUGUGUUCUGUGCAUUACACACCAGCAUAAACACAGUACAUCCUCCUCUGUUUAUAUCUGCCAGGCUGCCAUCUCAUGUUAACCAUAAAAGACCUUUUUUUUACCUUUACAUAAAGUGACUUGGGCUGUUCAGCCCUCGGCUCCUGGAGUAUUUAAUGCUGCCUUGUCAUCAUU